AUCGUGAAUCUGAUUUAGUCGUGAAAAAUACUCUUUUAGAAAAAUUAAAUCAAGAAGCUGAAUUAAGGUUGAUGAUGAAAUUUGCUGAAAAUCAAAGAUUGGUUGCAUAUUAUAAAUAUUUGUUUAAUAAUGGCCAAAAGCUAUCAAAUGAAGAUUUUGAAAAAUUGAAAUUAAUAUUUGUUAAUUUAGAAAAUGAAACACAUCAAAAA